AUGACGAGGCGCGUGCUUGAGCAGCGCCCGGCGCAAGAAGCCCCUCAAUGCCGGGGACAAGCUGAUGCGGCGCCAUUCCCACGGAGCUUCUACUCAUUCGGCCUGGGCACCACCAUAGACCCUCGCGCAGGACAGGCCGCCUCCAGCCAUGCCUCCAGCGGCACCAGGAAGCUCAUCUACACCAUUGUGAAAGCCGACCUGCUCAUCCCCGGCGCCGACGAGCCCGUCCCCGACGCCGCGCUCGUCGCCGAAGCCAAGCUCAUCGUCUGGGUGGGCAAGCAGGCCGCCAUCCCCGCAAAGUACACUGAAAAGUGUCGCGGGACCUACUCGGUGCCCUACCUGAUGCCCGGCCUCUGGGACUGCCACGCGCACCUCCUCGUGGGCGGCGACGACGAAGCGUCGUGGCCGGCGUACAUGAGCUUCGUCGCCGGGCAGCCCGUCGCCAACGGCGCACGGCUCGCCCGGCUGUGCUGGGAGGUGCUGCAGCGCGGAUACACGUCCGUCCGCGACCUCGCCGGCUACGGAUGCGAGGUGGCCAAGGCCGUCGAGGAGGGCACCGUCCCGGGCCCCAACAUCUACGGCUCCGGCGCCUGCAUCAGCCAGCUCGCCGGCCACGGGGACGUCUUCGCCCUGCCCGCGGGCGACGUGCUGCUGAACCUGGGCGCGGCGCAGAUCCGCCGCGGCGCGCGCUGCAUCAAGCUGCUGGCCUCGGGGGGCGUCAUGUCCAGCGACGACGACCCGACGUGCGCGCAGUUCAGCCCGCGCGAGCUGGCCGCCGUGGUUGACGAGGCGCGCCGCUUCAAGCGCUCCGUCGCCGCCCACGUCCACGGCAAGCCGGGCAUCGUCGCCGCCGUCGAGGCCGGCGUGCGCACCGUCGAGCACGUCUCGCUCGCCGACGACGAGUGCCUCGGCCUCAUCAAGCAGAGGGGCGUCGUGUACGUGGCCACCCGCGAGGCCAUUGAGCUGCUGCUUUCCAUGGGCGACGAGCUGCCCAGGGUGCACCGGGACAAGGUCCGCCUCGUGGCCGAGCACCACAUGGCGGCGUACAAGGCCGCCGUCAGGGCGGGCGUGACCAUCGCGCUGGGCACAGACGCCGUCGCCGCCUUGACCAUGGCCCGGGAGCUGGAAUGGGCCGUCGAGGCUGGGCUGUCGAACCUGGAGGCCAUCCGCGCCGCUACGGCCAACGGGCCCCUGACGGUCGAGGGCCAGGCGCCCAAGACGGGGCAGUUGAAGCCGGGGUAUGAGGCUGAUUUUAUCGGCGUCACCGAGAAUCCGGUCGCGGAUGUCCGGGUUUUGCAGAACAAGGAGAACAUCAGAUGGGUGUGGAAAGGGGGCAGGAUCUUCAAGGGUCCGGGUGUCGGCCCUUGGGGGGAGUCCGCGGCCUGGGCUUGA